AUGGCAAUAAUUCGGAAUGCUUUAUCAUCAAAUAAUACUAAUGAUGACAAAAGAUCAAUAACUGAUAAUGGCUGCGAGGAAGUAAUUGAUUAUUAUGAUAAUGAACCAGUAACUCCACGAGAAUUGAAGGCUUGGUAUUUACAAAACAUGGCGAUUGAACCAUAUGGAGUAGCAGCAAUAUCGAUAUUGACACCUCUCAUAUUAGAAAGUUAUGCUAGCCAAACAGGGUUUAAAGCUAGUGAUAUAAAUAUCCCAUGUGAUGUUACUGAACCAAAUUAUAAUUGCAUUACAAAAUUUGGUAGUGGUUAUGUGAAUACUGAAAGUUACUCAUUCUAUGUUCUAGCAAUUUCUGUUGUAUUACAAGCUUUUGUAUUUAUUAGUUGUGGAGCUUUGGCUGACUAUGGAAAAUUAAAUUGGUUAGCUGCUACUUUCACCAUAAUUGUAAAUUUAUGUUUUGGAGCAGUAAAUGUAUUCUUGCUAGCUUAUAUUCCAGUCUACUCUCGACUUCUACCUAAUGUCAUAGAAGCAAGGAAUGAUCCUAACAAAGGCUAUCAUGAAGUUGAAACCUUGAUAGAAUACAAUGGAAACAAAUUAUCAACUAAUGCUAUAGGUACAGGUGUAGCUACUGGUAUAAUUCUGUUGGCAAUAUGUGCUGCUAUUGCUGGCUUAAUGGAUGCUUCUAUACUUAGUCUUAAAAUUGGAUGUCUAAUAAUUGGUGCUUGGUGUUUAUUCUUAUCAACUUUUCCUUUAUUAUGGUUAAAAAAUAGGAGUGGCCCUCCUUUACCAAGUGAUGGUUUGAAUACAAUUUCAUCAGUUGCAGUUAUCUUUGGUAAAAAAGUAUUUAAUUUGUCAUUUGCUGAAUUGUUGACUGGUGCAUUAUUAGUGCCACUUAUGGCAAUCAUUGGUGCAUAUCUAUUCUUAUUCAUGCAACAAAAACUAAGUCUAUCAACAAAAACAAUGGUUCUAAUUGUUUGUGGACUUGAAGCCUUAUUACCAAUUUAUGGAUUGUUUGGUUUCUUUGCUCCUUUUGGUUUAAAAGAAAAAUGGGAGAUUUGGUUAUCUGUUGUUUUUUUUGGUUUGAUGCUUGGUGCUGCUCAGAGUUUUUAUAGAGUUUUAUUUGCAAGUUUGAUACCUAAAGGUCAUGAAAAUGAAUUUUUCUCUUUGUAUGAAAUUACUGAUAAGGGCUCUUCAUGGAUUGGUACACUUUUAACUGGAGUUAUUAAUGAUCUAACUGGUAAUUUACGUUAUACUUAUUUUGUUUUGACAAUUAUGUUGGUGUUACCUUUAUUGCUUAUAGCUACUGUUGAUGUUGAAAAAGGAAAAAUUGAUGCUGAAAAUUUUUCAAAAAGAGAAUAUAGUAAAGAAAUUAAAAUUGAUAACAAAGAUGACAAUGAUAAUACAUUGGACAUUGAUAUUAAGAAUAAUAAUUUAAAUUAUUGUAAAUAA